UGGGGGAAAGAUCAUCCUUUCAUGAUUACUGUGGAUGAGGUAUGCCAGACCCCGUCUGAUGUUAGUUUGGCGGAAGAGGUGGGGGACGUGGCAAUUGAUCAAUAUAUGCAGGUGGUGGGUUUGCGACUGGCGAGUUUGGGGCGCAGUCGUGAGAAGAUUCAUCGGAAGAUGGUUGGAAAGAGGGAGGAUCCGAGUUUGAAGGAAGAGUUGGCUAUAAAAGUUGCUAAGGUUUCUGAACUUGAGGUGAAGUUAUUUGAGGUUGAAAAAUAUUUGAAAGAGGUGAAGGAGAGCUAUGCCAAGGAUGUGGAAGAUUUAAAGAAGAAAGAAGCUGACUUAUCUUCUUUGAGCACCCGUAUGAUUGAGGUUACUGCCCAGAUGAAGGAGUUGAAGAAUAAGCAAGGAGAGAUUCUGGAUUCCUUCCUUGAAGGUUUUGAGAGGGCUGUUCUUCGGGCGAGGUUUCUGGCUCCCAAGGUUGAUUUAUCGGCAAUGGAUCCGGGAAAAAUAGUACAGGAUGGUGUCAUGGUUGAGGAUGAUGGUGCUGCGGAGCAAGGAGAUGAGAAUGUGUAAUUUGUUUUUUUGUAGACUUGUUUUGCUCCUGAGUUGA